CAGGACCCUGCCUCUCUCCUACUCCCGGGCGGAUAGAUUGACUGCUGGUAGAUCUGGGGGUUCCAGCCCUGAAUCCAUUCAUUUCCUGCUGAUAGCUCCUUUCAAGCUUGUCCCCAGACCCUCAGAACCUUGAGCAUAUCCACCGGGAAUGUACGCGAUCGACCGCCGCAGCUUAUACACGGAGCAAUCCCAAAGAUCUCCUUUACGAAAUAACGUCGGGUCUCGCGGGUAGGAGGUUGUCUGCAUGGGGACACUUACGGCGAGACAGUCUCACAACCUCCCCACUCGCCCAGCGGUCAGCUCCGCUCGCUCAAGUAAUUCCCUCAUUCAUUCGGACACGCAGACCCCGCCUUGGCAUUGGGCUUCACUGAUUGGUGGAUGCCGAGUGACGUCUUCAGAUCGCGACCUUGGAGCUGCGACAGCGAGGUUAUGUGGCUGAGCACCUGCUGGUGGCUUAGGGUUCCAGUGCAGCGGCUCUUCGACUUGCGUCCGCUCCGCUUCACCAAGACUUGGGGUGUCUCUUGGAGCCGAAUGGCAGAAACACUGUCGGCCGAGGCCGAGGCAGCGGGCAUGCUGAGGGCCCCGGCUCAACAAAACGGUGACGCUGGUGGCGACGCGAGGCGUGAGCCGCUCCCAGGGCUCCCGGAGCCGGCCCCGGGAAACGGGGAGCAGACCCCUGGAGGUGGAGAGCAGGCUUCGGCUGCAGCCCCGGGCCCAGGCAAGCGGAAGAAGCGGCGGGGCGCCGCCGGGGAACGCGUGGUGCCGCCCCCGAAGAAGCGGCGGACUGGGGUGAGCUUCAGUGAUGAGCACUUUGCAGAGACCAGCUACUACUUCGAGGGCGGUCUGCGCAAGGUGCGGCCCUAUUACUUUGACUUCCGUACCUACUGCAAAGGCCGCUGGGUGGGCCACAGCUUGCUGCACGUCUUCAGCACCGAGUUCCGGGCCCAGCCGCUGGCCUACUACCAGGCCGCCCUCCGGGCUGGCCGCCUGCACCUCAACGAGGAGCCGGUACAGGACCUCAGCAUCGUGCUCAAGGACAACGAUUUCUUGCGGAACACAGUGCACAGGCAUGAGCCACCUGUUACGGCAGAACCUAUUCGCCUACUAGCUGAGAAUGACGACGUGGUAGUUGUAGACAAGCCAUCUUCCAUUCCCGUCCACCCCUGCGGCCGCUUCCGGCAUAACACUGUCAUCUUCAUCCUGGGCAAGGAGCACCAACUCAAGGAGCUACACCCAUUGCAUCGCCUUGACCGCCUUACAUCAGGGGUGCUCAUGUUUGCCAAGACAGCUGCUGUUUCUGAGAGAAUUCAUGAGCAGGUUCGGGACCGGCAGCUGGAGAAGGAGUACGUGUGCCGGGUGGAAGGGGAGUUUCCUGUCGAGGAAGUGACCUGCAAGGAACCCAUCUUAGUGGUGUCUUACAAAGUAGGCGUGUGUCGGGUAGAUCCCCGGGGCAAGCCCUGCGAGACAGUGUUCCAGAGGCUGAGCUACAAUGGCCACUCCAGCGUGGUGCGGUGCCGGCCGCUCACAGGCCGCACCCACCAGAUCCGAGUCCAUCUGCAGUUCUUGGGCCACCCUAUUCUCAAUGACCCCAUCUACAACUCAGUUAUCUGGGGUCCCUCUCGAGGCCGAGGUGGCCACAUUCCCAAGACAGAUGAGGAACUGCUGCGGGACCUGGUGGCAGAGCACCAAGCAAAACAAAGCCUGGACGUGCUGGAUCUGUGUGAGAGCGACCUGUCCCCAGGACUCACCGACCCUACAGCUCCCUCCUCAGAGUUAGGCGAGGACAGCAUGCAGAAGUUGGCUGCAGUCCCGAAGAUGGCUGGAGUAGUCGAGGCAGCCUCCCAGGAUCUGGACACAGCGGCCUCGGCACCAGAGAAGGCCCCUGAAACUGAUGUCACAAAUCAAGAGACAGACCCACUGUGUGCUGAGUGCCGGCUGCUGCACCAGGAUCCCUUGCCCCGGGAACUUGUGAUGUUCCUACAUGCCUUGCGCUAUAAAGGGCCAGGUUUUGAGUACUCUUCACCCAUGCCGGCCUGGGCACAGGAUGACUGGCAAGAAGACUGAAGGCUGUGGCCAGUGAAAGGAUUGCUUCUUGGGUUGGGACAAGUGGGCCCCAGGGCAGGGGCUGCCUCCGUGGGCUGGUACUCAGCAUUUCUUUAGGAAUGAGGUUGGGCUGUAAAGGGACCUGUUCAUUACUACCUCUUUCCUUCCUGUCCUUCCAGCUAGAGUUUGGGGACUUUUUGAUUUAUAAAUACAUAUCCCCUUUUCUAACACCUAUUCUGAUUGUCUCACUGCUUGUUUCUUUUAUUGAGAUAAAUUUCAUGUAACAUAAAGUUCACCACUUUAAUGUGUAUAAUUCAGUGGCACUUAGUAUGUUUACAAUGUUAUCGAACAUUACCCUUUUUUUGUAUUUUUAAAUUAAUUAUGUAUUUAUUUGAAAGGCAGAGUGACAGAGAGAGAAGAGACAGAGAUCUUCCAUCUGCUGGUUCACUCUCCAAAUGGCCACAACAACUGGUGCUGGGCCAGGCCAAAGCCAGGGAAACAGAAGCUUUUUCUGGAUCUCCCAUGUGGGUGGUAGGGACCAGGGACUUGGACCAUCUUCCGCUGCUUUCCCAGGUAUUUUAUCAGGGAGCUGGAUGGGAAGUGGAGCAGCCAGAACUCAAACCAGUGCCCAUAUGAAAUGCCAGUGUUGCAGGUGGUGGUUUAACCUGCUGUGCCACAAUGCUGGCCUCUCAAAUAUCACCUUUUACAUAAUUUUUAAAACAUCUUAAUCUCCCCAGAAGAAUGCUUGUACUCAUUAAGCAGCCAUACUCUAUCCCUUUCCCACCAGGCCCUGGUAACCAUUAAUCUACUUCCCAACUCUAUGGGUUUGUCUAUUCUGGACAUUUCAUAUAAAUGGAAUUAUACAGUAUGUGACCUUCUGUGUCCAUCUUUCACUUAGCAUAAUAUUUUCAAGGUUCAUCUAAGUUGAAGCAUGAAUCAAAAAUUAUGCCUUUUUUGUGGCAGAAUAAUGUUUCAUUGUAUGUGUAUACCACAUUUUGUAUAUCCAGUCACCAACUGAUGGACAUUCAGGUUCUCACCUUUUAGUUAUUAUGAGUAACACUGCUAUAAGCGUGUGUUUACAAGUGUUUUGUUGGGAUAUGUUUUCAGUUAUU